AUGGCACCCAGACGCAGCGGCGGCGGCGGCACCGGAUACAGCAAUGCUUCAUGCCCCGACGCCUUUAAUACACCGUACAGUCAAGCCGCGCUUGCAUUUGUGGUGCUGUUCCUGGUUCUGUACACGGGUAUUUUCAUAUCAACGUUCUUUAUCCGCAAGAAGAGCGGUGCCGGAAAGAAGUUGAUUGGUGUACCUUUUGUUGUAGCCCUGUUCCUUCAAGUAAUCACGCGUAUUUUAGGUCUCGUAAGCCAAGUCAUGUCACAGUGCGACAACAUCGACUACGUUGAUUAUUGGAAUAUCAACGUUGCCUCCGCCAUCAUGAGCGGUUUGGCCAAUGCUGCGCUGCUGUUCGUGUUUGUCUACGUCCUGAACUCCAUGCUGCACAAGCAAUUUGGCAACAUGUCAUCUGGUUCCAAGACCGUACUUCUGAUUACUAUUGGCGUUGCGUUUGCUAUCAUCCUAGCAGACGUUAGCAUGUUUGCCUACGUCGCAUUGGCGGACAACUCCUUGGAAUCCAACUGGGACUUUGCGUUACUAGUUUCAAAUGGUCUCGAUCUUGCCUACGACAUCGUAUGGAUGAUCGUUGUUAUUAUUUCGGCGGCUAUGUCUCUGUCAAACGUUUCGGCAUUGAGAUCAAGACGCUUACCCGGAGGUGACCUCUUCGGCUGGGUUACCGCCCUCUAUGUUACCCUAUUCGUGAACGCAUCAUUGGGAGUAGUCUACUCAUCCAGUAUCUACUGGCCCGUAACACCUUCUCUUGGCGCAUCGCUGGCCUUGUCUUACAUCAUCGGCUUAGUCAAAUGUUUGGCUUUUAUAACGCUGCUGGGCAUCGCCAAACACGUCUCCUGGAACCAGACGAUCGAGAAGACCGAACAAACGUAUGCGCCCGUUACGCAGCAGCAGGUCACGUACGGCUAUGGCAAUGGGCAACAGGAUUACUACCAGCAGACACCCGAACUUGUACAUGUCAAGUAG